AUGGCCUUCUCAUUCAAUCCUACAGCUCAAGACUUUCACCCUGUUGGGAGCCAAUCCGAAACUCCCGAGUUACCUGAUCUUGAACACGCAUCUAUGUGCGAUGGUGCUGAAAUCUCCGAAGUCGAAAGGGGUGGCCAGUAUGCCAUCACUGCGUAUCUCAAAGAGAACGGGUGGGAGAGCUCCAAAGGCGAUGCACACUUCAACAAGCAACGACGAGUCGCAGACGAGCCCACUGAAAAAGACGCUCGCUUCUUCUACAACAUGAUGCAAAAGAUGGGACGGGACAUGAACAAGGCCACACGAGCUUUUGACUUGUCCGGAGUCAAGAAGCCAGCCUUGCUGGACAUGUGCAUGGCUCCAGGUGCCUUUCUUGUACAGAUCUUGGACAAAUACCCCAAUGCCCAAGUCAGAGCCAUGAGCCUCCCCCUCAAGGAUGGAGGCCACCAGGUUAGGCUAGGCCACCACAAUGUCGCCGUCGAAUUUCGAGACAUCACCAUGUUGGCAGCCGACAUGAGCAUGCAGAUAGAGGAUGUACCAGCAUCUGGGCCUGAUCCAGGCAAUCUUGAGUUCGCAAAGGUCUUUUCUGAUUCCGAAAGAUUCGACCUUGUCUUGUGCGAUGGUGCCGUUCGACGCACGCAUCAACGGACAACAUGGAGAGAGGGCCGCGAGGCUACCCGUCUCACAAUCACGCAGCUUGCGAUCGGCCUCGAGCACCUCAACAAUGGCGGCACUAUGGCAGACAGCAUCUCAGCCAAGACACUAGUUCUGGAAUGGAAGAAAAAGUACAAGGUUGCUACAGUUGGCGCAGAUGAGGAAUACUCAAAGAUUCAAAAAGUGAGCAACCACGACGCGCAGGCUGCCCUAGAUGAGUUUGGGAAGGAGUUUAUAGUCAUGGGACGCAAGAUCUGGAAGCUUCAGGCGGAGUCCUUGGCAAAGGCCUCGUUUAUGAAGUCUGAACACGGGAGUCAGGGCAAGGGAGAUCAAAGCGAGGGCAUCGGACAGAAGGACAGGUUCUAG